AUGUAUGGACAAAACAACAACAAUGACAGCUUGUUCCCCUACAACUAUUCCCCGGAAUUAAUCCAAGCCCAAUUCCCACUGCAGAUCCUUCCUCCACUGGCGAUCCCGGACUCGUUGUACACGAGCUCCGGCUGCAGCAGCUACGGCGGGUCGCCCACUUCCAUGGCCAGCUGCUACAGCCCCACCAUCAUCCACCCUACCAUCAACGAGUCCACCUCUUUCAGUAAGCCACACGGCACCGGAGAUUUAUUGCAGGGGAUGAACAUGGGACAGCGGUCCAACGGCCCUUUAGCAACCGAGAGCAGCAUAAUCGAGAGCAUGAGCAGAGCCAGCCCAUACAGCCCGGAGGAGAAAAAGGAGAGAAUCGAGAGAUACAGGAGCAAGAGGAAUCUCAGGAAUUUCAAUAAGAAGAUCAAGUAUGAGUGCCGAAAGACUCUGGCCGACAGCCGGCCAAGAAUCAGAGGAAGGUUUGCAAGGAACGACGAGACAGAGAAGACGGCUCACAAUCAGUGGGAGCAGAGUGGAGUUGAUGAAGAUGACGAGGACGAGGCGAACUGGAUUAACCUUCUCGAUGCAUUCUCGGCGAACAUGAUGCCUUGA